AUGUUCGACAGCCUCGACAGUCUUGACCCCACACUCCUGUCGCCGGCAGCCCCCCAGGAGACUCAGCCACGGAAACAGCGCCAACGGAGAUGGCACCCGCGAUCCUUCACAGGAUGCUUCAAUUGCCGCAAGAGACAUGUCAAGUGCGACGAGAAGUCGCCAUCAUGCGCCAACUGCAGGCGACUGUCUCUCGAUUGCCGGUAUGAAUCAGGAGGUCGAUUCACGUUCCGGGCUGUCCGGCCGGCACAGUCUCCGCGUUCCUCGCCCAGAGUGAACGGAAAGGAGACACCAAAGCCGCGCGAAGAACUUCCCCAGGCACUUUCUCCGGAAGAACUUGAUACCGCGGCGAACCUUGACAUUGACGCCGAUUUCGAGACCCCGGUAUCACACGCAGGUGUAGACGACCUAGUCCUGAUGAACGUAUCAGAGCAAGAUACUUGGGACUCGCAGUUGGCAUCCUUCUUCGGUCUCUUACCCUUGUCAUCACCUGCGUUUGCCGAGAUUUCAACACCUGAUACCACGUACUACCACCAUUUCAUCGAUACCGUCUCUACGAUGCUGAUCAUCUGGGACACGCCGUCCAACUCAAAUCCCUACCGCUUGUUACCGCGUCUGUCAGACUCUUCGGGCCUACUUCGGAACACCAUGGUCGCCUUAGGCGCGAUGCACAUGGCCAACUUACCGGCAAUGGCACAACGGAAUGUACAUCAGCGUGCAGCGAUGGAGGCGUAUGGGUUUGUCAUCACGCAACUAAAGUCCCUUCGCCCAGUCGAUGAGGUUGACUCAGAACUUGAAUUACUGGCCACAACCCUGCUCUUGUGCAUGUUUGAAAAGAUGAACUCCGCCGACUGCAAUUGGAAGGUACACCUCGAAGGUGCGCGGCAAAUAUUUGAGACAAUCUACCGGCCUCGACCGCUUGCCUUGACAGCAAACAGGAAAGCAGACCAGCAGAUCGGCAGCAAUCUCAUCGCGGUCGGACAGACAGAUCCCGGUCUUAUUGCGCCUAUGAGACGAUUUCUGGUCUCACUUAUGGCGUAUCUCGACGUUGCUGCUGCGUGUGCGACGGGGAAGGGUACUCUGAUUCCCGGCGAUUACUGGGAAACUUUGGGCGGAGGGUGGGAGUACAAUCUCGGUGCCCCGAGCUUUCAACCUCCGCGCGCGCCGACUGAUCGAAGCUUGGGCCAGAUUCGACAGUCCUGGUCUCGUCUUAUGGCGAUACAGGCUGAUAUCAGUGGGUUCGCCAGCAUGAGUGUCAUUGAUGACAACAGGCGGGAGAUCAUGCGCGAGUCUCUCGCACGCCGGAUCGCGGAUUGGCAUGAGAGUGGACCAGAUGUCUAUGUUCGGCUAUCAACGUUGGAUUCCAUCCCUCCGGAGGAGUCAGAAGUUGAGGUUGAGCUACUCAGAGCAGCAGCAUGUGUGCAGUGCUACGCCAGCGCGUGCAGCAUCUAUCUCGAUCGAGUCGCCACGCAGAAGUUAUGCCGUGGUGCCACUGAGGCCGAAAUAGCGACCGCGGCCGAGUACAUUAUCAGACUGAGCUCGAACUUCUCUGGCGGACUUAGCCGGAUGGCGCACCUGUGGUCCCUGUUCACUGCAGGGACUGCAACCACGGACGACACACAAAAAGAAGCGUUACGGGAUUUGCUUACCGAGAUGAAAAGUUUUGGUUUCAAGCACAUCUCGCGGGCACUCGAUAUCCUAGAAUACGUUUGGCUUCAACAAAGGCUUUACGGGGAGGCGGAUUACCAGGCGUUCACAGAGCUUGCAUCCACUGCCUUGUUUCCAUAA